UCGCAAACAAUUAACUUCCUCUUUCUAUUUGUACCGCUAUGGGGAGGAAAAAUGGCAAACCCAAGAAGAAGAAAAAGGCUUCAUCAAUCCCGAACAAGAAAAGAAGUUACCAAGGCAAAAUGGACGAUGAGGAACAGGGAAUGAAUAGCGAAACAAGACGAAAAGAGAAUGGAGUUUUUGCUUGGAUAAGGUGGCUGUUUCUUUUUGGAUGGUUGCGUAGAAAAGACUCACGUGUUGUUCCAACCGAUACAGGUUUAAGCAGAACGAAACAGGACAAUAUCAUUGAUCUACAACCGAUACCUAAUAAGCCCGUUACGUCUUCGACAGUUUAUACAUCCACUGAAUGCGACAAUGAACAAGUAAACGAAAAAUAUGAUAAGGAUUUAAAUGAUCUACAAACAAAAAUAAUUGGUUUAGAGUCACAUAAUCAGAUGCACCUACGUACGGAACAACAUUUGUCAGCAAAGAUUAAUCACUUGCAGGAAACUGCCACAAAAUAUGAAGAAGAGCUUAAACAACUCACUGAUAAAUUGAAAAUAGCAAACGAACAGCUAAAAGGUCAGGCAGAACGACAUCUUGCGGAAAUUGGUCAAUGCAAUGAUUCGAUGAAAAAUAAAGAUCUUGAUAUUGAUGCCAGAAAUUUAACAAUAAUAAACCUCGAGACCGAUGUGAGCACACAGAAACGCACAAUGUCGAAUCUAAAACAGAAUAUUAAAAGCCUACAAAAAAGAAUAAAAAUGUUGGAAAAUGAUAAGGAACAACAAAUUAUCAUGCUUAACAACAAAGACAGACUUAUAAACAGCUUAAAAGACGAAAAACAAAAGUUAGAGGAAGAAAAGCAGGAUGCUUUGGGAAGAUUAAGUGCAAUGAUGUCGGUUAAACUUCGAGACAACAACCCUAACAUUGCCGAUCUCAGUGAUCAAUUUAGACCUACUAAACUCGGGGAACAGUUCUCGGAGCUCUAUGACAACGAGUGGACAGACGCAUUUGAUACUCUUCAGAAUAAGUUUGAGGAGAAACAAGCCAUAAGCAUUCUGUUGGAUAUUAUCAUGGAGUCGUAUCAAUUUUGUGACCAAGAGCUCCUAGAGGUGUGGACAAUUGCUGAAAGCUGGUUCAUAGACAAGGAUGCUAUGACUGCGCAACAAAUAUCAAAGACUCUUAAAGAUGGGAGAAAAAAGAAAGUAAUUGGCCGUAUUCAUGCCAUUCAACAGAAAUACACAGUGUACCUACUAAACCUUUGCAAUACUGAACAUCUAGAUAAGUUUUUGACAUCUGAUCCUUUGCGAAAUUACAUUUCUACUUGCGUAAGACUGGCACUACUGAUGACUGCAAAUGAUCCACCUGUUGUCAUUGAAUGUCCUGGUUGGCAAAGGUUUUCUAAACGACAACAUCCGAGAGAAACUGCUUCACUCAGUUCUUCUGACGAUGGUCUAGCUCCAGAAGAUUUAAAUAAUGAUAACGAAAACAAGAGUACAAUUAAUACAAUUGAUGAGACUCGUUCUUAUGUGAAUGACAUUAAAAUGAAAAACUAUGAUGAAGGAAACGUUGACAAUAUUUGCUCAAAUGAAAAUAAACCUAAUGGUGACAAUCCGGAUUCUACAUUGAGCAACUCCGUCCAAGAGUACGGCAAGGAUCCGCUUUCUGACCAUAACAUACUUAAUAAAACCCAAACCAAUGGAUCAACACUUGGAUAUCUAGAAGGCGAUGUUGGGAAGAACAAAAAAGAACAUUUCCAAGAGUCAAACAAUCUGAAAAAAACGGCAUCAGAAUUAAAUGCUCCACCAAAUGUAACUUUCAAUUUCGAACCAACAGAUUGCACGCCAGAAGAUAAGUUAGCCAAUAAAAUUGACGAACACGAAAAGGUGCAAGAUAUCCCAACAGACCAGGUGCGAAUCGACACUCCGCACCAGACAAACGAUACAGAUGAUAGACCGAAAGAAAACAUGUCUGUUGCAGAGUCAUUGCAACAUCAUCAUGCAGACGGACAGACUUCGGAUGCAAAGUUUACCGGAACAGGAGCAAGUCUAAAUGAACGUAUUGAAGAGUCAGACAAAACAGGAAACAACGUUGGAAACACAACUAAAAUAGUUUUGACAAAUUAUGGGUGUAAUGCUGGUACCGACAGUGCACAAAGUCAAGUAGUAGACAGCUUGAUAGAUACUGACUCAAACCGAGAUGCACCAUCUGAUAUAAAUGGCAGUUCUGCAUGUACAAGUAGCGCACAAAAGACUCAAUCAAAUACUAUGGAUGGCUUAUGUCAGCAACUGUUAGGUCUAUCAAUAACACACGAAGUAUUUACUGAAAUUAGCAGUGCAGCAGUGGGGGAUAUUGUUGAGGAUCACACUUUUGAUUCAAAAGAUGGAAUAAUGGACAGCAUGUCUGAUGAAGAGUCUUGUCAACACCAUGAUGCAGACCGACAUACUUGUGAUCCUUCUGAACUGCUGGAUUCGGAUGCACAGUUGGCCGACACAGGUGACAAUUUAAAUAUUCAACAUAUUGAGGAGUCAGAGAAAACAGGAAGCAACCUCAUGAUCCCAAACAUCACUCAAGAGGCAGAAAGCCCUAAAGAUCAUAACCCAAACCGAGAUUCACCAACUAAUGACAAGAUUGUUAUUCAAUUACCCGAUAAAACAGAUGACGGUACGGAGUCUUUGCAAUAUCAACUCGUAAAGGAAGAUUUGUUUGAUGGUCAGAAUAACGAUGCAGAUGUAUCAAAUACAAAAGACGGAUCAUUGGACGGUGCAUCUAAUGUAAAGUAUGGUCAACAGCAAUGUGCAGAGCGAGAUAAGGUGGAUGAUCAGACUAACGGUGAACAUAUAUCACAUACAAAAGAUGGUCCCACGGAAGAUAUGUCCGGUACAGUACAUGUAUCUGGCCAACAUGAAAGAGCAAUGGGGAAUACACAUGACUCUAUAGUACAGUUAAUUUCAGAUAAAAAAUCAACUACUACAGGGAUGGGUCUUAAUGAUAAUCAUAUUGAAAAGUCCCAUCAAAUUGAAAACGAAGUCAAUCACAAUUUUACUACAGCUGCAGCAGGCGAUUCAUGUGAUGGGCCAACAAAACAACGCUGUAAUGUAGAGAGGCCCAUCUUUGAUAAAGACAAAUUCAAAGAAUACACAUCCCGUGGACCGUUUGUUGAGUACUUCGUUUGGCCGAUUAUGUACCUACACCAAGACGGGCCGAUGCUUGGAAAAGGAAUUGCGCAAGGUUCUACAAUUAAAAUGGACGAUGGCAGUAACAAACUACUUGUGUCGUGGAAGAAGAUGACCUAAAUGUUAAAAUACGCGAAAUAUCUAGAGGUAUAUGUGAACAUUUUUUAUUUCAAGUAGUCUUUAAGUCUUAAUUAGUUUUCGUUAAUCUGCCUGGAUUUGUCUUUUGAAUUGUCCUAAAUGUGUGUGAUUUAUUGCUGUUCGGGUGUUAUUUAAGUUGGCAUGUACCAUGCUGUGAAAUCGUAUAGCGUUAUUUUUUUAUUAAAGCUGGGAAUUUACUUUGCGACAAGAUGCAAUAGUUCGAGUUAUGUCAAGUAAAUGAGUGACGGAAAAUACUUAAGAUUGAUGUACCAGCUUAAAUUAUUAUUGAUUCUACAAGAAACCGAUCGAUUGUUAUUUCAAUAUUAAUUUUACACACGUAAGCUUUAGGUAAGUAUGUUUAAUAUACACAAACCUUUUUGGGGAAAAUACCAGUUAUUACAUUCAUUCAAUUGUCAAACAUUGAUUGCAUACUUCUUAAUUACGUUGUUUACGUUUAUUUCCUGUUAAUAAUGUACACAUAAUUAUCUAUUAAUCUAGCCCUUUCAUAUCGUUAACGAAAGCCGGUAGUUCCUGCAAUUAAUUCCCUAGAAUUAAUCACGUUACAUUAACACAUGAUAAAACGGUGUUGCUGACAAUGUGCAGUCUUCAGGACCUAUAUACACGUGUUCUGUGCAAUACUCCAUUUAGCACAACGUGCACAAUUUCAUUUAUUUUAUUUUGGUUUUAUAACGAUUUUCGUUCUUAAUUGGGUAACAAUAAUGAACACGAAUUUAGUUUAAAAUUACAUUUAUCUUUUUGCUAAUACUUAUUAAGUUAUAAUCAGCCAUGUGUAAACUUUACUUAUACGUAAAAUGACAGUUUAGAUUGCAAUCAAUAAGCAUAGAUUAUGGUCAAUGUGAAUCAUAGGCUUACUCAUUUCUAAGUGUAGUGGUUUAGAAAGCUAAUGUUUUCUCUUGGUAUUGAGUAAAUUCCUGAUUUACGACACACUUAAUGCCACAAUUUUACUUCUAAAUAUAAGUGACUUACAUUAUUCGUUCGUAGUAAUGUUACAUAAUGUUUACAAUUUAAUGGUUGAUUAGAUGGUAAUUUAAACUAUCUUGGUAUUGAUUUAUAAAUAAAUAAAUAAUUGAAUGUUUGUGAAAAAAAUGUGGUUUGAAUAGAUUUUGAUUAUAUUUUAAAUUUAUUAUAUUUUAUGUUGUAUGUGUGCAAUUGAAAUUAUGCCAUUAAACGUUGCUGUUUACAAUUAAAUGGUUGAUGAGAUGGUAAUUUUAACUAUUUUGGUAUUGAUUUAUAAAUAAAUAAAUAAUUGAAUGUUUGUGAAAAAAAUGUGGUUUGAAUAGAUUUUGAUAAUAUUUUAAAUUUAUUAUAUUUUAUGGUGUAUGUGUGCAAUUGAAAUUAUGAUAUAUGAUUAAACGUUGUUCGUUCGCGAUGUAUUGAGUCAAGUUCCGAUUUUCUUGUAUUAGUUAUAGCCGAUGCUGGUGAAGGACAAAUAAUAUGUAUAAUUAUACAAGUAUUAUUAUAUAACGUUGUUUUAUUUUAUAAAUAAAGGUUAAACGGUU